AUGCAAUAUGCAUCUUAUGAUGGAACAUUAAUAUGGAAAAUAACGAAUUUUCAUGAAAAAAUGAUGGAUGCUCAAUCGGAACGACAAACAUCGAUUUAUUCACCUCCAUUUUAUUCGUCAUUUACUGGCUAUAAAAUGCGAGCUAGACUUUAUCUUAAUGGUGAUGGCAAUGCUCGACGUACACAUAUGUCAUUGUUUUUUGUUCUUAUGCGUGGCCCAAAUGAUGCAAUACUAAAAUUUCCCUUCAAUUAUAAAGUUACAUUUUGUCUGUAUGAUCAAACUCCUCAACAACAACAUAUUAUUGAUUCAUUUCGUCCUGAUAUUAAAUCAAAUAGUUUUCAGCGACCACGAUCAGAAAUGAAUAUUGCUAGUGGUAUACCUAAAUUCUUUCCAUUGACGAUGAUUCAACAAGAAGGUAAUCCAUAUGUAAGAGAAGAUACAAUGUUUAUUAAAGUAAUGGUUGACUUUGAUGACAUGCCAAGAACAUUGUUACCAUAUGCUUUGAGUCUUAAUCCUGGAUUACCUAUACAUAUUCAACAAUUAAUGAUAAAACAAGAAACAGAACGAAGAGCACAACAACAAUCUCAACAAACACCUACAUCACUUGGAAAUCGUCCCACAACAUUGGCAAUGCCACCAAAUAACGAAAUUCUUCGUUGUGAAUUAGCAAAUUAUUAUCAAAGUAAACAACAUCGAGAUUCAAUUAUUAAUGUAAUUCGAAAAAUGAAAUUACAGUUAAGAAAUACUCAAAUGACAUCUAAUCAAAUGGAUACUGCUAGUCUUCGAACAACUACAAUUACAGAUGACAGUGUUGCUGUAAAUCAAUUGAAAGAGCUUCAUAAAACUAUCAAUACAUUGUCAAAUAGUACUGGAACGUUGAGCGAAGAUGUCAAAUUUUAA